ACAUCACCGAUUUUGCUUGGCGCCUCGCAGCGAUUUGACGGCCAAAGUGCUGUUUUCGCUUCUUGGCCUCCGCCUUCGGCCCGUCGAAGAUGGGGAGCGAAGAGUUGGAGCAGGUCAAACGCGUGUUUCGUCAGUUUGACCUGAAUGGCGACGGCGUGGUGGACAAAGACGAGCUCACCACUGCCUUGCAGAGUUUAGACCCAGACCUCUGGACCGAUGAGGCGGUGGACUCGUUGCUGACCAGCAUGGACAAGGAGGGCGCCGGCCGCGUGCAGUACGAGAGCUUCGUGGAUUGGCUCGGAGGCCCCGCGGACUUGGAUUCCACGGUGUCCCGGAACUUCCGGAGCGCGUACGAGCGCCUGCAGAGCGAGUCCGAGGAGGAGAAAGAGGAGAAAGAGGAGAAGGCCGAGACAGGCGCCGGCAAGAAGGGCAAGAAGGCCAAGGCCGGAGCCGGCGGCGCCGGCGUGAAGUGCGACAAGACCCUGGAGUUUGGCAAGCCUAUCCGCAAUGCCAUUUGCAUCGGGGAGGAGGUGUGGACGGCGGAUUGGCACGGGGUGGUCACGGUGCGCGACCGGGACGACGCCUCGAAGGUCAAGGGCUCCAUCCCAACCGACAGGUUCGUGUGGAGCAUGCUGCACAUGAAGCCGGGGCUCAUGUGGAUGGGCCAGGAAGCCCAGGGCAUCUCGCUCUUCGACACCAAAAAGAAGGAGAAAAAGGGCGUCCUGGCCGGGGGUCACACGGGCGGCGUCACCUGCCUUGCCUGCGACGACAGCAUGGGGGACAAUGAUGCCGAGGAGUUCCCGAUGCGGAAAGCCUGGAGCGGCAGCAAUGACUUCACCGUCCGCGAAUGGUUCAUCCACACCUGGCGCUCAAAGACAGCGACACCCGCCGCAGUGAAGGAGGACAAGGAAGCGGUCACCUUGGAACUGGGCCGGUGGAAGGUGGGCGUUUUAAAAGGGCUUCAUAUGCACGGGCACAAGAACGGGCUGAAGACCUUGCUGAAGCUCGGGCCCAUCCUUUGGUCCGGCAGCGAUGACGGCACCAUCAGGCUUUGGCGCUGCAUAGACGGUGAGUGUGUGGAGGUGAUAGAGGACGCGCACACCGGUUCUGUGAACAAGCUGGCGGUGGUGAAGUCCUACGUUUGGUCCGCGGGCUCGGAUGGCCUGAUCAAGGAGUGGCCCAUGACGGGGGAGAAGACCUGCCUGCGGCAGGCGGCCCCACCGGGCAGCGAGAAAGGCAUCUACGCCCUGCUGCCCUUGGGCCACGACGUGUGGGUCUGCGGGCACCACCCCGCCAUCCAAGUCUUCUCGCAGCGGGACAUGGCGCCCACCGGCGCGGAGGACGGGCACAAGCCCUACGUCUCCAACCUCAUAGGCGUAGAUCGCGUGGAGUCGAAGAUCAUUUGGAGCACGUCCUUCGGCGACCGGAAGCUGAAGGUUUGGCGCCACACCGUGCGGGGAGAGGAGGCCUCGGUGGAUGAGCUGAAAGCCGCGAAUAUCCUGUACCAGCACGAGGAGGAGACGCAGGCGGAAAGGAUCGGAGAGUAUUUGAAGAAGAUCCACCAGCUGCAAGACGCUGCGACACUGCUGGAUGAGCGAAAUAAGAAGUGCGAGGAGCUGCAAGAGGCCUUGGACAGCAUCCGCCAGAUCUUCAGGGAUGCCAAGCUGGAGCACUUGCUGGACGACCCGGAAGCCCUAAAGGCCUUUGCGGAGCGCCACGGGCGGCUGGAGGAGGUCUUGAAGCGCUUGGGCCUCGAGGCGCUGCUGGAGGACCCUGAGGAGAUGGGGCGACUGCUGAGCGUCAUGCAAAAGGUCCAGGAGAUCUUUGGGCGCUUCGGCCUCGAGGCUUUGCUGGAUCCGACGGCUCUGGAGGACAUGCUGGCGCGCUACGUGGCGCUGCAGAGCGCCUUUGAGAGCCAUGGCUUCGGGGAACUCUUCGCAGACCCAGGGCUGCUGGACGGGUUUUUGGCCACCCACCGCCAGGUGCGCGACGUCUUCGAGGAGGCGGAACACCUUCCUCUUUUGGAGGAUGCGGAGCUCGCCCAUCGCUUCUUCCAAGAGCGCAAGAGCCACCUCGAGGCCUCCCAGGCGACCUCCGAGGCGCUGGAGGCGCUGGAGAAGGAGCUCGCGGAGUUGAAGCGGCAGCUGGAGGACGUGCAACAACAGAGGGAUACCUUUGAAGAGGACUUCUUGAAGCACCGGGACCAGUUGGCCACGUUCCGCCAGAUCUUCCAAGAGGCCUCAAGGGAGCACUUGCUGGAGGAUCCGGACCUGCUGAGGGCCUUCGUCCAGCGGGGCGCCCGGCUGGAGGACUUGCUGAAAGAAUUGGGCCUGGAGCAUCUGCUCGAGGACCCGGAGGAACUCGCGCGGCUGCUUGCCAUGAUGCAGCGCAUCAAGGAGGUCUUGGAGAAGUCGGGCCUCGCGGACCUCUUGGCCAACGCCGAAGACUUCGAGGCGAUGCUGCGGCGCUACGGCGCCAUGAAGACGGCCUUCGAGACCCACGGUUUCUCCGAUCUCUUCCAAGAUGUUGAGAAGCUGGACGCCUUUCUGCGCACUCAUCGCCAGGUGCGGGAGGUUUUUCAGGAGGCCAACCACGAGGAUCUGCUGGACGAUGCGCAGGCGGCCAGCAGCUUUCUGCAGAAGUUCGACCAGGGGGAGUUCGACCGAGCCUACAUGGCAAGGCUGCGGGCAGUCUUCGAGGAGACGGGGCAGAGCAAGCUCUUGGAGGAGCACGAUGCUGUGAGCACCACUGAUGGCGGGGACGAGGCUGAGGAGGAGGAGGAGGCGGAGGAAGAGGAGGACGAGCAGGAGGAAGAGCCGGAGGAGGAGGAAGACGAUGCCGAGGAAGACGAUGAGGAGGGUGACGACGAGGAAGGGGAUGAGACGCCUCCGGAGCGCUCCAAGCCGAGGCCGCCGCCCAAGCCCGCGAGGCAAAAGCCGGCGCCGGUGAAGCCGGUGAAGGCGCCCGUGGCCUUCCCGUUCCUGCGGACCCACCUCUCGCGUACCGCCGCCUUCGAGCGCGUGCUGCGCGAGACAGGCUUCGAAUAUCUUCUGGACGAUCCGGAGGAGUUGGGCCGCUUGCUGCGGCUCCUCAAGGAGUUCUUGUCCAUCAUGGAGAAGUACGGUUUGAAGGAGGCCGAGAAGGACCCCUCUCUGCUGGCGGAAGUGCUGUCCGCCUACCGGAUGCUGCAGAGCGCGUUCAAGGAGCACGGCAUGGAAGAACUCUUUGAGGAUCCGGAGUACAUGCUGAAGGCCUUCCUGCGGAACCACCACCGCAUUCGCGCGGAGUUUGACAAGUAUGGCCUGGGCUACUUGUUCGACAGCGUGCCCUCCAUGAGGGACUUCCUUGCAAAGUUCAAGGACAUGGAGCAGGAGCUCAAGGCCAUCAAGGAGGCCAGGGCCGGGGAGAAGUUGGCGCAGCGCGACGCCGAAAUGUCUCGUUUGGAGGACCGGAUCUCCAAGAAGGAGGAGGAGAUUGAAGCUCUGAAGAACCGGCUCAAGGAGUUCGAGCAGCUGGGGGACAUUUCGGUGAUCCAGAAGUGGAAGGCUGACUCGGAGGAGCUGAAGCGGCUCCAGAGGCUCUACAACUCCACCAGUAGUCGUGUGACAGAGCUGGAGCGCCUGCUGGCCGCCAAAGAGCGCGAGCGUGAGCAGGCGGAGGCGAGAGAGCGGAUGAUGGCGGUGAAGUACAAGGAGCUGGAUAUCUUCAAGCUGGACAUCAUCGCCAGGGAGCUGAAGGGCCUGGACAACGAGCUGGGCCGCGUCGGCUCGGGUCUGAAGAGUCUGCACCAGGAUGCUACGCGGCUCAGGAACUACGACGAGCAGCAGCAAGUGGGGAACCAGAGCGACAGUUUGCUGGAUCAGUGCCGCUUGCUUCGGGGCCACAUACGGGAUGUCAUCAACAAGUGCCUCUCCGAGACACAGAAGAUGCACAUCGGCGUGGGCAUCGAUGACUACAUGGCCGCGGGAGAGCUUAAGGACGGCGGCACAAUGAUUGCCGCGGUCUACGAGGACAUUGAGCGCCCGGAUCACGGUAGCUCCAAAGCCGCCAAACUUCGGCAGCAAGAUGAGAGGCGGCGGUAGAAAUCCUCCGAGAGACAAAGAUUGAG